AUGAGUAAAUUUGUUGCAAGAUUUCCAUCCUACUUCGCUUUCUUUUUGUUGAUACUAUCUGGUAGCGUAGCCAGUCGUCAUUUGCAUUACGAUGAUGCUAAGUUGGUGUCUGCUGGUGUUGGUGGUAAUGAUGCUGCAACUCGAGUGGAAGAAUCAUUUCUACGUCUCAAAGGCAUGGAUUCAUUCGAGGAGCACUGUGAUCAUAUGUACGGUUUUUUACCAUGUUCAAGCAAUCUUUUAGGUCAUAUAUGCCUUGUUAUGGUUUAUGAGUUCCUAUUAUAUCAUGCUGAAUCCUGGGCUGGUGGUGAUGGGCGAAUUUUCCGUGUUUUUGGCAAGAACCCUUGGGUUUCAUAUUUUUCUCAACUUCUUGAUGCCCUUCCAGAUUCUAUAAUUCUUCUUGCAAUGGGACUAACAACUAGUGAAGAAAAAGCUCACGAUUAUGUUGUAACGGGUGCUGGGAUGCUAGCUGGAUCCUCAAUAUUACUUCUCACUAUUUUGUGGGGAGUAUGCUUCAUUUAUAGCCAGAAGGAAUUCUAUGCAGAACCCACAGCUAGUGUGAAUAGUGAAGUGAUACAACUAUUUACAGGUUCUGGUGUUGUUACAGAUGCGGAAACCAAAUAUCAUGCCAAAGUUUUGUUCUGUUCACUCAUACCAUUUAUAGUCAUCCUAUUGCCUAGUGUAUUUGGUUUAUCGUAUUCUAGUCAACAAUACAAAAUUGUGCUUCGUGCGUCUCUUCUUGUUUCAGUUUUAUGCGUAAUUAGUUACUUCAUCUAUCAGUAUCAUGAUCCCCAAAAAAUACAGAAAAGGAGACUGGAGUAUGCAGAAGUGGAACAAAAAGUGGAAAUGAAUAUACCAUUUUAUGAUGUAGAAGCACUUAUGCUGGAGAGGGAGAAGCAUUUCAUGAUUAUGGAAAGAAAAAUGGUCAACAUGUUGAUAGGAAAUCCCGAGAAACCUGAUGAAAAACUUACCAAGAAGGAAUUCUAUGAUAAUAUAUUUAAAGACUGGAUAGAACACACGAGAAAAUAUAUGUACGAUGCGUCUUCUUUCGAUAAAUCACAGGUUUUGGAACUGCUACGUGAAAAUAAGGAUUAUUUUAUAGAGCAGAUAUUUCGCAUGUUCAAACUGGGUAAACCAGAUAGAGAAAAAGACGGAACACAAGAUGUAGCACAAGUUAAAUCGGACAUAUAUAGUUUCUUCAAGAAGAUGGAUACUGACGAAGAUGAAUCUAUUACGUCAGAUGAACUGAAAAAUUACAUCAUGAAAGUAAAUGAUAAGGAGUUAAUGGUGGAUGAUGGGAUAGCAGAGAUCAUGAUGAGACAUUUAGACACUGAUAGUAAUAAAUGCAUCGAUAUAAGUGAAUUCGAAACCGGAGUUUCAAAAUUGCUUGAGUUACGUGAAUUAACAAAUCAGUCACAUGGCACUAAAGAAACUCAAAAAGACAGUUUGGUUGUUAAAGAAAAGGUAAAGGCGGAGAAAAAUGAAAUGAUUUGGGCAAUUAUAUGGUUAGUUCUCGGAAUCAUUCUGCUAGGUGGCUUGGCUGAGCCUUUGGUGGAGAGUGUUAGGGAAUUAUCAGAAUCUCUAAGUAUAGGGCCUUUCUAUUUAUGGUUCAUCUUAGUUCCUUUCGCUAUAAACAUUAGAACAGGUAUUGCAGCCUAUAGAGCUGCAAGGCAGAAGAGACAUCAAACUAUAUCUGUAAUUUUCUCCGAGAUAUACCACAAAGUUUUCAUGAACAACAUCGUGGGAUUUUUUGUUAUUGUUGCGGUCAUAUACUUCCGUAGCCUGACAUGGCAUUUCUCUGCCGAGCUUCUAGUUGUGGUCAUCGUUUGCAUCAUAAUGGGGAUUCUUGGAAGUUUCAAAACUAAGUUUCCAAACUGGACAUUGCUCAUUGUCGUCCCUCUCUAUCCUCUAUCUCUAUUGGUGGUUUACCUUGUCAACGAUGCUUUUCAGUCUACGUAAAUCUGUUAUAGAUGGUUUCAGAGUUGUGGUUAUGCAUAGCAUUUUAAACCGUGUUACGUAAUAUAUACUUACGGCUAGCCAAAUUUCAUUCCUGAUAUAUGAGUUAGCAAUUGUAUCAGGUUAUAUUUUCUACUUCAAUUCCUAGUACCAAUCUUUCUUUUGAAAAAUCACAUCGUCUCUGUAUUGUAUGACAAACCAUCGUAUGUAUUACUUCAUUUAUGACAAUUGUUAGAUAAACAAUGUCCUUCCAAAUUUCA